UAAACAGCAAGAAGCACAGCCCUCUGGGAAAUCAGCCAACCACCAUUCACCUUGACCUAGCUGGCCAAACACACACACAUACGCAUACACAGACAUGCAGAUGUGUGAGCUCUUAAACCUACCAGUAUGCCAGUGCCAAGGCCAAAAUAUUUCUUUCUAAUCUCUCUCUUCCUUUUCCCCUUUCUCUCCCCUCUCUUUCUCCAUGUCCCUUUCUCCCAGGUUGCCGGAGGGUCAGGUGGAAGGUGCUGGAGCAGCAGGAAAGCUCCGUAGUCUGGAAGAGCAGCUAAUCAGAGCCAAGGAGCAGAUUAACUCUUACCGCAGUCUACCUGCUGAUGGCCCAGGGAGGAACCAGGAGGAGCUAAGGAGGAAGACAGAGAAUGGGUUGCGGGAGCUGUGGUAUUUUGUACGCAGUGAGGUGAAGAAAUUGGCCCAUGUGGAGACUGGAGAGCUGCAGAAGCACAUUGACGUCCUGCUGCAGGACCUGGGGCACCAGCAGAGGUCCAUCAUGACAGACUUGUACCAUCUGAGCCAGGCAGAUGGAGCUGGAGACUGGAGAAAAAAGGAGGCCAAAGACCUUUCAGAAUUAGUGCAGAACAGGAUCACAUACCUGCAGAACCCAGCAGACUGCAGUAAGGCGCGGAAGCUGGUGUGUAACAUCAAUAAGGGCUGUGGUUAUGGUUGCCAGCUGCAUCAUGUGGUCUACUGCUUCAUGAUUGCCUACGGCACGCAGCGUACGCUUAUUCUGGAAUCGCAGAACUGGCGCUAUGCCACCGGCGGAUGGGAGACUGUUUUCAAGCCCGUCAGUGAUACCUGCACUGACCGCACAGGAACCUCCACGGGACACUGGUCUGGCGAAGCCAAUGAUCGGGAUGUGCAGGUGAUUGAGCUGCCCAUUGUGGACAGCUUGCACCCUCGUCCCCCCUACCUGCCACUGGCCAUCCCAGAGGACCUGGCUGAGCGCCUCCAGCGGCUGCACGGGGACCCCUCCGUCUGGUGGGUGUCCCAGUUCGUCAAAUACCUAAUCCGGCCUCAGGCCUGGCUGGAGAAAGAGAUGCGCGAGGCCACCGCCAAGCUGGGCUUCAAACACCCCAUUAUAGGGGUGCAUGUGCGUAGAACAGAUAAGGUGGGCACAGAGGCAGCAUUUCACCCCAUAGAGGAGUACAUGUUGCAUGUGGAGGACCAGUUCCAGAGCCUGGCCCAGCGCAUGCAUUUGGACAAGAAGCGUGUUUACCUGGCCACCGACGACCCCUCACUACUGCAGGAAGCCAAGUCCAAGUACCCAGAUUAUGAGUUUAUCAGCGACAAUUCCAUCUCAUGGUCAGCCGGCCUACACAACCGCUACACUGAGAAUUCAUUAAGAGGAGUCAUCUUAGACAUCCAUUUCCUGUCCCAGACCAACUUCCUGGUCUGCACCUUCUCCUCCCAGGUUUGUCGCGUGGCUUAUGAGAUCAUGCAGACAUUGCAUCCAGAUGCCUCGUCCUACUUCCACUCGUUAGACGACAUCUACUAUUUCGGUGGGCAGAACGCACACAACCAGAUUGCCAUCUACCCCCAUCAGCCUCGCGGCAAUGAGGAGAUCCCGCUGGAGCCUGAAGAUGUGAUUGGUGUAGCUGGCAAUCACUGGGACGGCUACUCCAAGGGCAUCAACCGCAAGAGUGGCCGCACCGGCCUCUACCCCUCAUACAAAGUGAAGGAGAAGAUUGAGACAGUGAAGUACCCCACUUACCCUGAAGCUGACAAACUUCUCCAAAAGCAGUAGAAAGAGAGUGAGAUGGAGAGAAACUAUGUGGAAUAUGUUCAGUACAGGAUACUGUAGUUAACCCUGGACCUCCUGGAUGGAAAUGCACUGUGUGUAUGUGUGUGUGAAUGUGUAUGUAUUGGGGGAAGGCGUUAUUUUACAGGGUCUGGGACUAGUUUCUAAUCCCGCCACCCAUUAAAGAGGCCAAUCAGGGUUGUAGAAAGGAAACUAGAAUAAACUCUUUAAAAAAAAAACACCAGGAUCAACAAACACGCCACUUCAGGUACUUCUAUCCCGAAACCUCCAGCUAAAAUGAAGGGAACUACAUUUGUUUAUUUAAGAUUAAACUUCAAAAAAAAAAGAAAAAGAAGAGACAGACUGCUUAAAAGAACAAGCAGAAUUUUGAACAUAUACCUUCGGCUCAAGCUUUGUUUUUCUUUCCUGUGCUGUUUUUCUUCCGUCUGAGCACUGACAGCAUCCUUUCACUGCAGCCCCACCACUCCUCUCCUCCUUCGCCACCUUCGCCUUUUUUUUCUACUCCGUUCAUGCCCUCCAACAACUCGCGCCAUCUUACAUUCCUCUAAACAUGUGCUUUUAUUUUCUUCUGCCAUCCAGUGCUUUUAAAAAGUUUUUGAUAAUUUUAGUUGUUUUAUCACAUUCACGUAUUUUUGCCUGCAUGUGCGUAUGCAUGUGUGGAGCAUGGAUGCGAAUCAGGUGCCUCAGAAGAACGGCUGACGUCUGGUGGAACACAAAGGUUAGUGGUGAGCGUUCCGACUGCAGAGCCUUAUGGAGAGAUCUGCCCCCUUCUGCCCCCUUUCCUUAUCACUGUCUAAUUCACCACAUUUCUCCAUUGUUUUUUUAAAAGAUGCUUUAAAGUUAUUAAGUUCAAAACUAAAAUGAAAAAAAGAAAAAGAUACAGGAAAUGACACUUAAAAUUCAAGAUUGUGAUACUAAUAUUAAUAAUGAUGAUUAUGAUGUUGAUGAGUGGAUGAUUAAUGGCAGUGAUGGAAUGAUGUUGUUGUAAGGUUUCAUCUACCAUGAGGAAAAAUUUAAUAUUUUAUGUUUGCGAGGGCAUUUUUGAUAAGCCGAUCAAAUAAACUUGAUCAGCCAACACA